GGGCAGUAAUGAAAGCGGCCUGCUUGCACACGGCAGGUAGGUAGGUGGGUAGGUAGGUGGGUAGGUGCGCGCGGUCGUCUGUCAUGUAGCCUGCGCGCCUUCCGUCCGUCCGCCGUCGCCGUCGUCGCCGCGCCGCAUCCUCACGGAAACCGUCAAUGAGACCGCCGACUGCCGCUGUUGUUGUGUUGUCGUCGUUGCCUCGCGCAUAGCAGCGUGACACAGUGAGCGCGAGGGAGAGUCCGCGGGAGUAUUCGGGAGUAUUCACAGACUGUCGAGGGCUGCGCGGGUCCGGCUGCUGGACCAGCGAGUCAAAAACCCCGCGAGUUAUGAGAGCGAUCGUGCCCUUCGUUCUUCAGGUGAUUGCAUUGCAGCUGACAAUAUGUCAAAGUGGUGGUGGUGGUGGUGGCGGUGGUCCGAGCACCUUUGGAUACGAUGCAUCCUCAGCGUGCAGCAAGCCGUAUUCGCGCGCGGGACGCGCGCAUCACGAUUUGCCCUGUGACUUUCGCCGACAGAACUGGUGCACGAUCGCCGGUAGCUCUUAUCCUUGGCACGCGGUGCGCCGAUUCGUGCAGGAGAAUCAAGGUUUGAUGAGACGCAUGUACGGCGACGAGAAUUAUAUCAGCGUGCUACGGGCGGAAUUUGAGAAAAACGAUAUCGAGCUGAAGUACGACGAGUACCAUCAUCAUUUCGUUGACGAUCUGAGGCAGUUCCAGUACGAUGACGACGAUUACGAAUUCAUCGACGACGAUCGGUCAAGAAUCAACACGGAUGAAUACGAAGGUCGCGGAUUUACCAGUCGCGGCUUUAACGAUCCCAUCGCCAAGAGAUUGAACAAGUUCUCGAAGCUGAGCGAGUACACCAGGCCGCACUUCAAGCCCACCGAACGGACCACUAGCUCAACCGUUUCAAGCACGACGACCGUUUCUUCGAUCUCGCCUUCGACGGCGACCAGCGCUACGACUUUUGACACACGGACGUCGUUCUCAACGUCGUCCCCGUCCACUGCUACGUCGACGAACACAGAGGAAAUCAGCACUAAGUCUUCUGCAAAUUCUUCGUCAACUGCUUCGAAGUCUCCAAACGGCACCGUCGAGAUCGUUGACGGCAAUCUCGCGGUAAACGGUACGACGACGACGACGACGACGACGACAGUAUUGCCGAACGUCACUGCGGCGCAGGUCGUGAAAGAACAGAACUUUAGCAUCAACGAGAUUCCUGGGCAGAAUGAUAGGAUUGACGAUGACCUGGAGGAGUCUGCAGAAGUGGUAGUGCAAUCGGAGGAUACGAUAGUCGAGGAAGACGCAACUUUCGAGCCGGUCGGUACGACGAACGUUCCUACGGAAUCGUUCAUUGAAGAGCAGGAAGUCAAUGCGGCUACAAAGACAACCGUGCAUGAGGAAUUGGUCGUCGCUAGCAGUCACGAGCAACAACAGUUUAGGCCACGUCCCGAGUAUCGGCCGUCGAACGUAGCCGAAGCGUCCAAACUCGGUGGACAGCUUUACCAGGAUGUCGCGGCGAAGGAUCAGCAGGAGCAGCCGGUGCUGAAGCUCAGAGGCGUCAACGCCUGUCCCGUCAAGGAGGAAGUCGUGGCGCCUUUCUGGGCAAAUAACACCCGCGGCGAAGUUCUGGCCCUCCUCAAUCUCUAUCCGUUCGAGCAGUACGUCCAUUGGGAAAAAUGCACACAUGAAAACAAACAGAUGUAUUGCCGAGACGGAUGCAGGUGUGAGCAGCAGUACCGGCUGCACCGGCUCUUGGCUUACGAUCCCAACAACGAGUGUCGCGGUAUCUUCAGUGACUGGUUCAAGUUUCCCAGUUGCUGCGUUUGCCGCUGCUACGAUUUGCCGCUGGAAUUUCGGGUAACGUCGCGUUCGCCACGCACCUCGCACAAGCGACGGAUUAAGGUACAGCCACCAAUGCGAGACCGUUACGUGUGAUCCAGUUGUCUUCUGGUUGGCUGGCUGCCAAAAUAAUGCGCCGUGUGAGCGAGGAACUGUUGGAUAAGGCCGUACGCGAAACUCGAACAAGUGCAGUAUAAAUCAAGUUUGUAAAUUAAAACUGCCUCUCUUUGUCUAAUUUCAAUUUCUUGUUGAUAUUCAAGCGCUUAUUUUGUACCAGACAGCUCUCAUAUAUUUCGGUUAUUUGAAAUUAUAGAUGUACAUUUGUUUUAUCAUAGAUUUGCGUAUUUUAUUAUCUAUUUAUUGAAGAAUAUUUAUAUUGUUGAUGUUAUUUAAUAUUACUCGACAAGUUAAAUUGAUCGAAUAUCGAGAUUCAUAAAAAAAACACAUGUUUCUGAUAGAGAUGUGUGUUACAUUUCACGGAAAGCGCGAUUAAGUUCGAAAAAUAGUUUAUACAUAUACAAUAUAUAGACAAUAGAUAGAAGAAAUGUCUUCUAAAAAUUUCAUUUGCCAUAGUGGAUAUCAUGUUUUAUCUUUAGACACAAAAUAUAUGAUAAACUACAUGAUAUAUAAUUAUAUGAUAUAUAAUAAACUAAGAAAUAAAUGUUUAAAGGAACUACUCAACAUAUGUAUAAUCGUUAGUUUAAAUUUAAAGAGAUUUGUGCAUCUCGUACAUUUUAAAAGACACAAAUUUAAAUCCACAUUGAAAUAUUACGAAUUUGAGCAGCAUAAGCUUUCCUCUUGACGCGAUUAUUGUACUUAGAACAAUAACAAGUAAUUUAUAUGUAACACUGUUACAUAAAUGUUAUGUUAAUCGAUAUAUUUUAUGGAGAUUUUAAAAUGUAUGUAUUAUAUAUAUAUAUAUAUAUUUAUAUCAUAGUUAUAUGUGCAUUGUGCGUCAGCAGACUUAAUUUCACUACACGAGAUUAUGCGAUAUACAUUGCUGUAAUAGAUUUUAUAUACAUAUGUUAUCACAUUUAUUUAUUUAAACGAAAUAUACAUUUACUUGGCACUAUUCUGUUGCAAGCAGAUAAGGCUCGUGAAUAAAAUACGCCAUUUUUUAUAUUACUAAUAUUUUUCUGUAUUAAUUAUUGCCUUUAUACUUACCGGAUAUCAUAAAAAACAAUAUUGUACUGUAAUCAUUAACUAAUAGAACUUAGCGGGGUUAUUAGAAUAAUGUA